CGCAAAGCGAUUUCUUCCCGAUCUUUUAAUCACAGUCCAAAUUAGAAUCGCCUUCUCAAUAUAGUCAAGGCUCGAGACAUUUCAGAGCCCACAACCUUCCUUCGUUUCCUUUCUUCUCCUCCGACCCCUUGCUUUCCUUUUAGGGUUUACGCGCUCAAUUUCAACUCAGAACCAGAUCGUCUUCUGAAUUCGAUUAGUUUAGAUAGUCAGCCAUGGAUUGGGGCAACGUUACUACAGAGGAUCUGAUCGACGCGCUUCGAGAGGUUGAUUGGUCAUCGCCUCCUCGACCUAUCUCCGAGUUCUUCUCUAGAUUCACGGUCCCCCGAUCUUCCGCCAAGUGGAACAGCCGCCUCAAAUGCAAUCUCUAUUAUUACCGAACAAACUACUUCAUUAUGAUUGUUUUCAUUCUUGCCCUAGGUUUUCUACGGAGGCCUCUUGCUAUUGUUGCUGCUUUUCUCACGGCACUCAGCAUCGCCUUUCUGAAUGACAGUUUUGCAGGCACAUUUAGUGAAAAAGUAACCAGAACUGUUAGACAAUUCUCUCCACAUUUGGCUGCAAAGAUGAGACCUCCUCUCACGCCUGUUAUCCGUGGACGCCCGUCAGCUAAAAGAGCAAUAUACAUAUGUGGACGUCCUCGAUGGGUUUUUUCCUUGAUGUUCUCUUCUGUGAGUUUCUUACUCUGGUUCAUUUCUUGCGGUUUGUUGACUGUACUUUGGUCGCUUGCCUUUGGACUUCUCGCCACUUUGCUUCAUGCAAGCUUCAGAACACCUAACUUGAAAGCACGUCUAAACACUUUCCGUGAGGAAUUCCGUGCUGUCUGGCGCAAUUAUAGUGAACUGUAGUCAUAUAGACUUCGUAGAAUGCGUCCUCUGUUAAUUAUGGUGUUCAUACUGUAAAUCUGUGCUUCACCCGACUGCUUUGCUGCUUUCUCCGAAGAACAAUUUGCUAAGAUGGAAAGUCUCCAAGUGACGACUGCCAGAAUUUGCCAGAUCUUGCAACUGUAUGUAAAUUGUGGCUCAUGUUUCUGGAGAUGUAAUUGUUUCAUUCGUCAUCUGUAUUGUGAAGACUGAUGAUAGAUACAAUGGAAGGUUUUCAGUGAAGCAGACUGAUUAGUCUUUUAUUAGAACGCUCCUCAUUUCAAUGGCCCAUAAUAGUUAUGAACUCUAUUACUUCUUAUUUCUUCAAGAGCGAGUUCGUGAGCAGAUUGUGGUUGAAUAACAUCUGUGCCCUUUAAGUGCUUCCCGUUUCAGUUUGUUUGGAACUCAGUUCUUGUAAUUCCACCUCUCGGGGGGUUUUUAGCUACCAAAACCCAAAACUAUUGCCGAGAAUUUAUUUCCA